AGGCGAACCUCAUUCAACUUGGUGGCUAAUCCUUGUGGCUAGCUUCACACAGUGUCCUGCUCAGCUUGGAAGAUGCUGCAGUCAGAUGCACUGCGGUAAAAAAAAACGCCAGACAGGCAGUGAGAAAGAAGUCUGUAUUAUUCGCAAUGCCAGCCCGUGAGAAAUAUCCAGGGUCCUUUGAUGCGUGGGAUAAUUUUUGCCACUCAAAAGACUGCGCUUCAUUAAAUAAUUUGUUGAUCCAUCAGAAGGAAGGAAAGCCUACAUUUCCCCCGGAGAACGGACAAAUCGGAUAAGGGGCUAUUUUUUUCUGAAGGGACAACGUGAGGGCAGUAAAAUGUAAUUUCGGAGGAAGCAACUUCAGUCCCUACCAUUUCUUAUACUUUGCUCAAACAACGUCUUCCUGGAUAACAUCUCAAAGGAAUAUCUUACUAUCAAGUGUUCAAAGAAGAGCCUUUUGAGGCUUCUCAGCCCUAGGAUCUUUACUUUCAUCGCUACAUUACACUUAAGGACAUGUCUGCUGUGCGACUGCUGCUCCUGUUUCUGCUUUGUUCCCAUUUUGUGUCCCUGUGCCAUGGGGCCUGUUCAGAGGUGGACUCGGACACUGAGGCCGUUGCAGGCAAAGGGUUCAAACUGGGCUGCAUCUCCUGUAAGAUGAGGCCCGAGGUGGAGGCUUCUGCCACAGUCAACUGGUAUUUCAAGGCCAAAGGGGAAGCUGAAUUUGCUCAU